GCUCGGCUCGGCACCCCCGCCUGACAGCGGCCGAACCGAGCGGACGCGGCGCGGCCCUUCCCGGCGCGGUGCAGUGCGCGGCGGCGGCGACGAUGCAGGCGGAGUCGGGGAUCGUGCCGGACUUUGAGGUGGGCGAGGAGUUCCACGAGGAGCCCAAGACCUACUACGAGCUGAAGAGCCAGCCCCUCAAGAGCAGCAAUUCCGAGCAUCCUGGCGCUUCCAAGCCUCCCUUAAGCUCCUCCAGCAUGACCUCACGAAUCCUGCUACGCCAGCAGCUCAUGCGUGAGCAGAUGCAGGAGCAGGAGCGUCGGGAGCAGCAGCAGAAGCAGCAAGCAGCCCAGUUCAUGCAGCAGCGAGUACCUGUCAGCCAGACACCUGCCAUCAACGUCAGCGUCCCCACCAGCCUGCCCCCUGCCACCCAGGUACCCAUGGAGGUCCUCAAGGUGCAGACUCACCUUGAGAAUCCAACCAAGUACCAUAUUGAGCAAGCCCAACGGCAGCAGGUAAAGCAGUACCUCUCUACCACUCUAGCAAAUAAACAUGCCAACCAAGCCCUGAGCUUGCCAUGUCCAAACCAGCCCGGUGAUCAUGUCAUGCCGCCUGGAACUGGAAGCAGCGCACCCAACAGCCCGAUGGCUAUGCUUACCCUUAACUCCAACUGUGAGAAAGAGAUGGAUGAUGUGAUCGAUGACAUAAUUAGUCUGGAGUCAAGUUACAAUGAAGAAAUCCUUGGCUUGAUGGACCCAGCCCUGCAAAUGGCAAAUACGUUGCCUGUGUCUGGCAAUUUGAUUGAUAUUUAUGGCAACCAAAGCAUGCCUCCUCCAGGACUGAACAUCAGCAACUCCUGUCCAGCUAAUCUUCCUAAUAUAAAGAGGGAACUCACAGCAUGUAUUUUUCCUACAGAGUCAGAAGCAAGAGCCUUGGCUAAGGAGAGGCAAAAGAAAGACAAUCACAACUUGAUUGAACGAAGAAGAAGAUUCAAUAUCAAUGACCGUAUAAAAGAACUAGGCACUUUGAUACCCAAGUCAAAUGACCCGGACAUGCGCUGGAAUAAGGGAACCAUCCUGAAGGCGUCGGUGGACUACAUCCGUAAGCUGCAGCGAGAGCAGCAGCGCACCAAGGAGCUGGAGAACAGGCAGAAGAAGCUGGAACAUGCCAACAGGCACCUGCUGCUCAGAAUACAGGAACUUGAGAUGCAAGCUCGGGCACACGGACUGUCCCUUGUUCCAUCUACCGGCCUUUGCUCCCCCGAUAUGGUCAACAGGGUCAUCAAACAAGAACCUGUGCUGGACAACUGCAACCAAGACAUCAUGCCACACCACACAGACCUGUCCUGCACCACCACCCUGGAUCUCACCGACGGCACCAUCACCUUCAGCGACAACCUCGGAAACGUGGCUGAACCGACAGGCACUUACGGCGUUCCUCCCAAAAUGGGAUCCAAACUGGAAGACAUCCUGAUGGACGAUACUCUCUCCCCAGUUGGAGUAACUGACCCACUACUUUCCUCUGUGUCUCCUGGAGCAUCGAAGACGAGUAGCAGGCGGAGCAGUGUGAGCAUGGAGGACACCGAUCAUGCUUGUUAGCAUACAUUUGCCACACCUUUCAUAAACUGCUUUUGGUUCUUGAUCAGUAGAUGAAAUAAUUUACCUUUUGUAGAAUUUUUUUGAUGAUUUUUUUUUUCCCCCUUGUGCUUCCUCAGUAGCCCUGUGUGUGUGUGUGUGUGUGUAUGUGUGUAUAUUAUAUAUAUAGGAUUUUUUUUAGGAUUUUUGUGAAGAAACUUGUAUAUUCUAUUUUAAAACUACCAACGCCUCCAAAAUCUUGUACAGCACAUGUACAGUAUCUGUGAACUGGAUUGCCAAGAACUUUGAACUGGUCAAAUCUACUCAAAGCAAUAGAAUUACAACUGAAGAGUCUGUUUCUACUUUUGGGGGGGGGGGGGUUGGGGUGGUUGGGAGGGAGGAAUCAUAGAAUUGUAAAUGCAACCUAUUUCCUUGGAAACGAAAUGUAAAGUUAAGGAAUGUAAAGAAACCAAAACCAAAAAAGAAGUCCAAUUUGUAAUGGUGUUAAUUGAGUGCUGCCUUAAAGAUACAGUGUCCCUCAAACAUUGGUCUUUACGUGGCAAAUGUUUAGGGAAAAAAUACGCACCCUACUCCGCUCAGAAUACAAACAACAACAAAAGUGACCAGACAUCCUGAUUGUGUUGAUGGUGAUGUAGAACUGCAGGGAGAUGCGAGUGUCUCUCUGGGGGCGCCGCUUCCUUUCACUCUGAGCUGAUUUGGGUUUGCCUUUUUGAUCACGGUUCAAGGGGGGGUUUUUUUUGCUCUCUUAGGUUUUUGUUUUGGUUUUGUGAUGGCUUGCCAGCAGUAAACCAAGCAGGAGCACUGUAAGUUGGGAUACAGUUGUUGGGCAAAGCAGAAGUUGCAACGUUUUCUCAGCUGGGCACAUGAUGUUGUACAUAUCUAAUUGACUUUAUUUUGUCAUUUGUUGUUUUUUUAAAUGGCAUUGUACAGUUGAUUUUGAUUUGCAUGGGGCCCUUAGUUACCCUCAGCUUCUUGUUUUGUUUUAAAUAUAUUUGUAUUUCAUUUGUAAGGUCUUUUUUUUUUUUGCUUCUUAAUAUUGCAACAGUUUUUUGAUGUUUUUAAACCUCCAUUGGAAGUUUUCUGCGUUCUUUGUAAACACUUGAAAGGAAGCUUUUUGUGCAGGGUUCUGUGUUUUAAGAGAGGUUUUGAGAAUAUUUUGUAUAUUACAGUCUCACUUUGGAAACGUUUUUAAACACAUUUAAGGUAGAGUACAAAUCUAGAUUAGGUAAUAAAACAGCUCUGUAGAGAAACUGAACCUACAUAUUUAUUUUUAGUGAUACAGGAGAAAACAAAAAAAGAGUAGUUAAGAUGCUUGGAAACAUAACUACGUAGUUAAUAUACCCUUAAUAGGAAUUUGUGUUUUAUUUCAGCACUGAGGCUGACUUAAGGAAAAAACAAACAGACAAAAAAAAGAGAGUAAAUUACUGUAUCUGCAAAUAACUGUUACUUGAUGACAAGAUUAUUAAUUUUUAACAUGCAACAAUGUUGUAAAAGUAGUUGGGUGCAUUAUCUACUCAAGCGUAGUCCUAUGCAAUACCGGUAGUUAGUGUAUCUAUCAGCCUAGGUGUUGUACAGAGGUGACCUGUGGGGCUGGGAGCAGAGGGACUGGAUGGAUUUCUCACUCGCAGGCGAGCGGAUGGCGUUCAGAAUGAAGUGCCUUAAACUCUAGUUGUAGUCUUCCUCGACUAGCACUGACUGAAGUGGGGCAUGGGAGAGAGCUUUGGGGUGGUGUCGGACAGGGCGUUGCGGUGUAGCGUGGUGCCUACACAGAGCGAACAAGAGCUUCCCCUUCCCCUUGGCGCUGCACUGGGAGUUCCGUAGGGUAGGUGAAACGGUCAGUGGCUGGAGUGCUGGUUUGGCAGGCUCAGUAAGGAAACCUCGGUCGCAGCAGUUAGUGUUCAGAAAUCAAAUGUGAAUUGAGCAGCGAUGGGGACGGUGUCAGGAGCUGCAGAGGCUCUGGGGCCUGCGCUCCUCUCGCUCUGCCCGUGGCUGUUGCCCUCUCUCCGGCCGUCCCCGUCUCUGCCAGGGCAGUGAGCUCUGUGUUGGUGUCGAUGCAACCACAGGGUUGUGACUUUUCUCUUUCUUUUCUGUUCUUUCUUUUUCAAAGGAGGAGCUGGACUUAGAUUAUAAUGAUGCCUCUCCCCCCCACCCCAGACAGCUUUUGGGAAUGUGUCUUUCCUCGGGUAGUGAAGCUCUGGCCCAGGGCAGGACCCGGGAGCCUGCAGGAUGCACUGUGGCCAUCGUGGUCCUUGGGCAGGGGAAUUCCCUGCAGGCAGCUGUGCCAUGGUUAGCUCUGAGGCUUCUGGGGCUGCCCUUUGGUAAUGGUGACAGGUAAAGUGGAUCAGGGCUGUGAAAUGCAUGUAGCUGUUACACAGGGCUGUGUUACCCUUCCCUGCCCAGUGAGACAGCUCUGCAGCAUUGUACAAAAUCAGGGUGUGCACUCUGGAGUGCAGUAACUGAGAACCACUGAAUAUGUUGGGUAAGGCUUUUGGUUUGAUGCCUGUGCUGGGCAUUUGGAAUUUGAGUCUAGACUGUGGUAUAUCAAUAUUUUUCAAGCUUACGUGAAACACUGGCACUCGCUGACAGCCAGGACUAAGGAUUUUUGGCUAUGUGCUGUGUGGAGAUGAGGCAGGAUUCAAGCAAAACCGUUAUCUCAAGAGCUGGAAUUCUUGAUAGCAGUCACUGUGGCCCCAGCAGCUGUGUUGUGUGUUCCCUGUGCUGUUGUGUUGCUCUGGGGCAACAUACGACCUAGCUGUGCCCUGCUCGCUCCUCACCCCGUGUUUCCUUUGGCUACAGCCUUCCUCUGAUGUUGCCCACCCUUUGAGUGGAAGCACAUUGAUACUGCAGUGGGGGAUGUCUCUAGGAGACACAGAUCUCCAGGCAGAUGCUACCUGGAGAUGUCUUUGCCUGUGGAUUGUGUGAUGGUGACAUUUUGUGAAAGAUUAAUGUCAGAGGACAGAGACAGCAAUUGCAGGCUGGGUUUGGCAUGAGCUGGGUGGAGUGUGGCAGGCAGGAGUUGGUGCCCGGUCUGAUGGCAGUGUCUGGUGUGACACUGGGUGGACAGGGCACCGACCAGUUCUCACUUUGCCAAAGCCAUGCCACAAGCAGGAAAGUGCAGAGUACCGUGAAGUUCUUCCUUACUGCUUUUGGCCUACAAAGCAAUAUUUAACUCUUACAAACCUGUAAAAGCAAAAAGAAGGUACAUAAGGAAAGCACAAAGCACAAAAUAAUGCACUUACAUUUAUGUUGUUUGACAUAAAAUGCACUGGGGGGGAAGCUGAUGUUGAUAAUAGUAUAAAUACCUAUAUUUCUUGAAAAAGUGACAUUAAUUACUGCCUCUUGCUAUGAUGCUUGGUACUGUAAUGUUGAUAUUCAUCUGCUGUGGACUGCAGCAAUAAUUUGUGUAUGGUCCAUAGCACUGUAAAUUAUGGAUCAAUAUUAAUGUAUCCAAUGAAAUAAUUUGAACUGUUGUUCUUGAUAGAUGGAUUAAAGCAUUUGGUUUUUCACAUA